AUGACUAAUAAACCCAUCAUCACCAAAACCUUCACCGCAAAAUUCCACAACACCUCCAUUAGAUCCCAUGGCCACAUACACAAACCAAACCCAGGAGAAGAACUCCACAUCACAUUUAUAACUAAGGAUGGGGAACAGUUUACGUACGAAGUCGCUGAGGGUGAUAACAUAUUGGACAUUGCCCAGGCCCACAAUUUAGAUAUGGAGGGUGCCUGCGGUGGAUCGUGUGCCUGUUCCACUUGUCAUGUCAUUGUUGAUCCUGACUACUAUGAUUCUAUUCCUGAACCAGAUGAUGAUGAAAAUGAUAUGUUGGAUUUGGCAUUUGGAUUGACUGAAACCUCGAGAUUGGGUUGUCAAGUUAAAAUGACCAAAGAAUUGGAUGGGAUAAGAGUUGCCUUGCCUGCCAUGACAAGAAACUUGCAAAUAAAAGACAUGAAAUAG